ACCUGCGGAAUACUGAUCCGCGUUGACGAACGCCGCGUUGCGCUCGAGCUCGGCCGGACACACUCGCCUUGCCGGGGAGAUGCAUUCGCCGCCCACCCCUGCCCAAUCUGCCUCCCGCAACAUGUCCACAGUAUCGCAAACACUUCGGGGUGGUGGAGGCACGGCUUCGACGCGCUGGAUUUGGCGCAGCUCAAGGCCUGCCAAAUGGAGAUCCAGCGUGAUCGCGCGAUGUUCGACAUUUUCCUGACUUUCCUGCGCCGCCCUCGACCUCUCGACACUGUCACGCGUCACGUACCCCCCUCGUGUACUCGCUAG